CGCCGGUUCCGCAGGUGGCAGCGAUGGCCCGGUCCUGAGCCCGCCAUGGCCGGCGCCCCCGGGCCGCUCCGCCUGGCGCUGCUGCUGCUCGGGGCGGUGGGCAGGGCCGGCCCCCGCCCGCAGGGUGCCACCGUGUCCCUCUCGGAGACAGUGCAGAAAUGGCGCGAAUAUCGCCACCAGUGCCAGCGGUUCCUGACGGAGGCCCCACCCCCAGCCACAGACCUGUUCUGCAACCGGACCUUUGAUGACUAUGCCUGCUGGCCAGACGGGCCACCCGGCUCCUUCGUGAAUGUCAGCUGCCCCUGGUACCUGCCCUGGGCCAACAGCGUGCUGCAGGGCCACGUGUACCGCUUCUGCACCGCCGACGGCCUGUGGCUGCACCAGGACAACUCCAGCCUGCCCUGGCGGGACCUGUCGGAGUGCGAGGAGUCCAAGCGCGGGGACAGGAGCUCCCCCGAGGACCAGCUCCUGUCCCUCUACAUCGUCUACACGGUGGGCUACGCGCUGUCCUUCUCCGCCCUGGUCAUCGCCUCCGCCAUCCUCCUGGGCUUCAGACACCUGCACUGCACCCGGAACUACAUCCACCUGAACCUGUUCGCCUCCUUCAUCCUCCGAGCACUGUCCGUCUUCGUCAAGGACGCGGCCCUCAAGUGGAUGUACAGCACGGCUGCCCAGCAGCACGAGUGGGACGGGCUCCUCUCCUACCAGGACUCUCUGAGCUGCCGCCUGGUGUUCCUGCUCAUGCAAUACUGCGUGGCGGCCAACUACUACUGGCUCCUGGUGGAGGGCGUGUACCUGUACACGCUGCUGGCCCUCUCGGUCUUCUCUGAGCAGCGCAUCUUCAGGCUCUACCUGAGCAUAGGCUGGGGUGUUCCCUUGCUGUUUGUCAUCCCCUGGGGCAUUGUCAAGUACCUCUAUGAGGACGAGGGCUGCUGGACCAGGAACUCAAACAUGAAUUACUGGCUCAUUAUCCGGCUGCCCAUUCUCUUCGCCAUUGGGGUGAACUUCCUCAUCUUUGUCCGGGUCAUCUGCAUCGUGGUGUCCAAGCUGAAAGCCAACCUCAUGUGCAAGACGGACAUCAAGUGCAGACUUGCCAAGUCCACAUUGACGCUCAUCCCCCUGCUGGGCACCCAUGAGGUCAUCUUUGCGUUCGUGAUGGACGAGCACGCCCGGGGGACCCUGCGCUUCAUCAAGCUGCUCACAGAGCUCUCCUUCACCUCCUUCCAGGGGCUGAUGGUGGCUAUCUUGUACUGCUUUGUCAACAACGAGGUCCAGCUGGAGUUCCGGAAGAGGUGGGAGCGCUGGCGGCUCGAGCGCCUGCACAUGCAGAGGGACAGCAGCAUGAAGCCCCUGCAGUGUCCCACCAGCAGCCUGAGCAGUGGGGGCACAGUGGGGAGCAGCGUGUACUCCGCCACCUGCCAGGCCUCCUGCAGCUAAGCCUGCGGCACCGCCCUCCCAGGUGGGGGAGACCCUCCCGGGCGGGGCCGGGGAAGGGAGGGACAGCUGCUCUCAAACAACGCCCCCCUCCCCCUGCUGCCCCUUCCCCAACCCAUCAGACAGGCAAAUGGGCAAUGCCUCCGGGACGCGGACACAUUUUCUCUGAGGAGAAGCAGCUGCUAAUUUGAUCACUGUGGCGGGAAGAGAGGAAAAGCUAUUGCUGCUAAAAUGAGGAUCUCUUCCCGUUAAGCCACAGGCCCCUGGGGUUCCCCCAGACAGCAGCAAAUCAGCCCCAGACUCAAACUUGAGGUCAAUGGCUUAUUAGUGGGACUGCGGCUGUCGGAGGAGGUGGCCCUGAGAGAGGCGGACGUAACCUCGGCCAGACGAGAGCUGGGUAAUGCAGCCGCCGCUGCCUCGGGGUGGGGGCCCCAGCCCAUCGGCCUCCUCGGUCAGGGACGAUGUGCACGUGUCCGGGUCACUGGUUCCCCUCAGCUGCCCCUCAGCUUUCCACCAGCUUCUCUUUGCAGAGUUUGUUGGGGCUGCGACCAGCAGCUGUUUCUAGAAAUGGCUGCGGGUCACGUCGAGAAGAUGCCUGUGGGUUUCUUCGCUGCCGCCCGCUUCUCCUGGGCGACUCUCUGAGUUGCUUUGGUGUCGGCCCCUGCUCCCCGCUCCUGAGGAGCCCGGCCCUGUGCAUGAGUCUCUUCUGGAGACGCUCAGGAGCCCUCUGGGUUCCCCUAGGAGCUCCAACAACAUCCACGUCAGGGACUUCGAUUACCCGCCGCUGACGGAAACCCAGGGGCCGAGAGGGUGCACACACCACCCUGUGGAAACCCUCUGACUUCUGACCAGAUUCCGUGUCUUGCAUGGGAGUUUGGGUGCCUCCUCUAACUUUAGGAAAUGGGACCUCUUGUGGGACAACUGCCAAGCCCCACUGUUCCCAUGGAGACAGGCUUCCCCUGCUCUGGGUUUCCUCCCUCUGAAACCCCCGCACUGGGGAGCUUGUAUCGACUCCAUCCACUUUUCUUCAUUGCUGUGAAUAGCCUAUGUGCAAAUGUGCCAUUCUGGUCUCUCCCACCUGAUGGAAACAAGAACUAAACCGUGGUGGUGGUGGUGAUGUUGUUGGGGUUGGGGGAGGGGGGAGGUUGUCACUGAAUGGACUCCUCCACUCUCAGAGCCGAUGAAUGUUUGCCCUGCCUCCGGUCUCAUUCCAUAAGUCAUGCGCAGCAGUAACCUAUUACUCCUGCUGCAGCCACGAUGAGAAAGCAGACACGUAGCAGCACCGUAGAUUCCCAGAAAAAGGGGAGCCAGCCACCCUGGGAGGCUGGUGACGGCGUGGACGGGUGCCAAGGAACUUUCCAGCAGGACAGACCUCUCUGGAGUCCCGACCUCCUGGGAGAGCUGAGGGAGAGGCUUCCAAUGAACUGCUGUAUGAGCCCAUCUCUCCUUCUCUGGUUUAAGUGUGUGGGGGGGGCCCCUCCCCCAAAACCUUGCACCAGACACGUUCUCACCAGAGGCAUGUGACAUGCAGGGAAAAUAAUAAUGGGACAUAAAACACGCCAAGCAGAAAAUGUCUUAUACCUCAGCUUCAGCGAAGUGUUGUGUCUAUGUUAAUAGGGAAGCUGGGCCUCGGGCUAAAGAAGAACUGUGCGUACUGCCUCCUCGAUGGUGGGGACAGGGGCAGGCCCGCCUCCCCGGAGUCAGGGCAGCCUUCCUGGCCGGCGGGCACCACCCGUUGGCUCUCUUUCUGGAGUGGGGACGGGUGAUGAGCACUGGGGUGUUG